CUGCCCAUUUACAAAUUCCGGCGAGGCCCCUCCCCCUGUGACGACUGCGACAAGGUACUAGCGGCCAUCAUGUGCGGCGGACGACAACUUGAGGACGCCGAGGCUCCCGCGGUGAGGCGGAAGGUGAUGGCGACAACGCUGUGGACCGAGAAGAAGAAGCCCCGACGGAGCGACGGUGUGGGGCGGCACUUCACAGGGCUCGGUGGGUGCGGGCGACUCAGGCUGGACGACAACGAGGAGGACUUUGACGCCGAGUUCAAGGAGUUCGAGGCCAACUCCGGGGACUCCGACAUGGAGCUCGGGCCCGGUGGGGUCGUUGAGAAGGAUGACGAGGAGGAGGUCACCGAGAUCAAGCCCUUUGCCGCCAUCAAAAGGUCCCUCUCCCAUGAUGACUUAAGCAUCAUGAGUACGAAUGUUUUUGAUGGUCCUUCAGAAAGGCCAGCAAAAAGGAAGAGAAAGAACCAAUUCAAGGGUAUCCGCCAACGCCCCUCGGGUAAGUGGGCUGCUGAAAUCAGAGAUCCUAGCAAGGGUGUCCGUGUUUGGCUUGGUACUUUCAACAGUGCUGAAGAAGCCGCAAGAGCUUAUGAUGUUGAAGCACUCAGGAUCCAUGGCAAGAAGGCCAAGGUUAACUUUCCAGAGGAACCGGCAGUUCAGGAACCUAAAGCACCCAAGCCAAACGCAGCACAGGAACCUACCGUCACACCAGCAGUCAACAACCCUGCCAACACAAAUGCUUUCGUGUACCCAUCUACUGACUUUGCAUCAAGCCAACCACUUAUUCAGCUUGAUAACGUGCCAUUUGUUCCUACGAUGAAGUAUGUUGCCCCUGUUGAAGCUCUUGCUAUGAAUAUGUACUCUGGCCAGGGAAGCAACAUUUUUGGCUGGUCUGACUUGGGCUGGGAGUAUGACAUCAAGACUCCAUAUAUAUCAUCCAUGGCUCCCAUUUCCACUAUUGCUGAAGGAGCAGAAUCUACACUUGUCCAGAGUAACACCUACAACUCAGUGGUGAUUGUUGAAGGAGCUGAAUUUGCGCUUGUUGAGAGUAACACCUACAACUCAAUGGUGCCUCUUGUUAUGGAGAACGAUGUCGUCGACAACAUGGACCUUUGGAACUUUGAUGACAUGCCCAUCUGUGACGAAUUUUUCUGAGGAAUUCAAAUCCCCUGUGUAUCGGGACAAAGGGUAAGCCUUCGCAAUUUGGAUGUUCAGUCUGAGAUUAAUAAUCUUUUCAUUACUCUGAACUUUUUGCUCCAUGUUUCAAGAUAAGACUAUGGGAGAUUGGGAAGCACCCUAUUGUCACCUUCAGCCAGCAUAUGCUUAUGUCCAAGUUUAGAUGCAAAAAAGUCGCAUCCUGACUCUCUUUUGGAAUCGACCCUUUCCCUAAUUGAUUGUCUGUGUGGUAGCAAAUUUAUGAUGAACCGGUGUCUUUAUCAAUUGUCAACUUUGAUGUCGUUGCUAUCAUUUCUAAAUGUGAACAACAUGAAUUUGUGUCCGAUUUUUGCUUUAACCUAUGCGUUUGAUCGUCUUUUCCCUUUAGUUCUGGCUAUUUAAUUGGUGAUAGAAGUAACCUACUCCAUCCAUCCGCCUGCUCCGUCCAUGAAUAAGUGGACAAAAUCUAGAUGUACACUUAUUCGCGGACGGAGGGAGUAUGUAUCUAAUUUCUGAGCAUAAAUUAUCUGUUAAAUAUGGAUUCGCCUGGCUGCUUGCACAAUUUCUGUUGUACAGGUGCGGCAAGUUUAUCUUAUGUAGUCCUAAGAAGAAUGGGCUUGGGAUGACGGAAAGUCAAUUUGGCUCCCGGGUGCAUUAGCACCCGGGGCCAUUUUUUAUUUUUUUCAAAUGUCAAAAAAAUUGAGAUAAUUUUUUUUGUGAUCUUUGUCAUAUACAAAUGCUACCUGUAAAUUUUGAGACAAAAAAGUUAAGCAUUUUGACCUGCGCAAAAAAAAAAAAAUCAAAGGCCAAAUGUCACCCCAAAAUGUCACCAAAAUUUAUUUUUUUCACCGACGAAACACCGCUGCUCCGUUCCGCAUGAAAUUUGACAAGCAUGUUUGCUACACCAACAUGAUCAUCUACAAAAAAUUUCAAUUUUUUUAAAACAUUUAAAUUUUUGGGGUACUGUUCAUCCGGGUGCAAAUGCACCCGGGAGCCAAAACGCCUUGGGAUGAAGACUAUAAUUUUACCUCCAUCUUUCAUUUGUGGUAUCCAUCUUCACACGAGUGUACUACUUUGACGGUAAGAGUACAAAAGUUAGGCCGUCUAUAAGAUGUUUGGUCGUUUGUACUUAAGCUCUCUAGCUAUCACGUUCAUAUGGACCGAUUACUUCCACUAUUAUCGAUUGUUUGAUAUCUUCUGUAAACAAAAGGCCGCAGAUUGCUUGCCACGAACUACCUCAAAGAACGUCAGUCUUAAUCUAUACUCUCAACACAUCGACCCAGCCUAGGCACGAGACCAUACCUGCUGUUGGUCUUGGAAUACAACUUGCGGUGGAAACAAAAA